AGUUUCUCAAGGCAGACAAUUGCCAGCGCGAUGUCUGCGUGGGGAAACUACACUCCUGGUGCUGCCAGCAGUUAUGGUGACAAAGGAAAAGGCAAAGGAAAGAACAUUUGGAGAGGAGAAAGGCUGCCUGACAUCACCUAUGCUGGUGAGACGUUGUCCUCCUGCCGAAAGGACAUCUACAACAAACACCCAACCGUUCGAGGCUGGGAUGCUCAAACAGUCCAUCUCAUUCGGUUGGCCAACAACAUUGAAAUCCUCGAGGAAGAUCGUCCUGUGGACGUCUUGGCACCGGUGAACACCUUAGACGUGUCGAGUUUGCCAGAAGAAUCCAUCAAGUCAUUGAGAAGAGACAUGAAGAUUGAAACGCCCUCGCCCAUUCAGAUGCAGGUGUGGCCUGCUGCCAUGAGUGGCCGCGACCUCAUUGGAGUGGCUCCCACAGGCAGUGGCAAGACAUUGGCCUAUCUGGUGCCAAUGUUCGAGCACUGCAAGGCGCAGGUGGGAGCGAUGAGAAACGAUGAAGACUGCGGACCACAGGCCCUCAUUUUGGUACCGAAUGCGGAUUUGGCACGGCAGAUCAAACGCACCUUUGAGAACACCUGGAGAGCAAAUCAGCUCCUGAAGAUGGAGCUGAUUAUCCCAGGCGAAAAGCGCGAAAACUACCGGCCCUGCGAAAUCCUGGUAGCCUCUCCAGGGAGAUUGUUGGACUUCCUAAGGCACAAUGAAAAGACAAAGUCCGGUUUCCUGCGAAAUUUUUUCAGACGCACCACUUUCAUUGUUGUAGAUGAAGCAGACUCUCUGAUGGUCAAGGAGAGGGACAGGGACGGUGAGCAACACACUUUUGAGAUUUUGAAAUCUUUGAGGAGCGACAUACAGAUGUUGUAUUUCACAGCCACCUGGGACGAUCAGUUGCCCAUGGAGAUCAACAAGAUCUUCCCGAGGAAUGGCGAGCGGCCCAUGCCGAGGGAACCGCUACUCAGUGUGAUCGUCAAUGGAAAGACGCUGUCUGCUUGCAAGAAUGUCCAGCAGAUCUUCCUUCGACGGAACGGACCAGAUCUGGACAGAGAUCCAAGAAGCAUGUUUCUCAACAAAUUCUGGAAGCAAGACAGCGGAAAGAAUGACGCCCUUCACAACUUGCUUUACUGGGCGAUUCAAGACGGUCAAAAGCGAAACGAUGUCGGCAACUCCAAGAUCUUAGUCUUCACGAAUGCCAAGCAGCCAUCCUAUCUUCUCAUGGCCUUGUCGCCUGUGGAUUGGGCUGCCUGGAAAGACAGGGCUCGCACCUUCUUCCAGGGGCACCCCCGGGUUGAGGUCCGUGAGCUCACCCGGUCGGAGCGCCUCCUGGUGAAGGGAGCCAGAGAAGCGUGGGCGGUCGUCCACUUCCAGGCGGCCGCGAGCCUUCGGAGGCUGGGGGGGCAGCCGUGCUGCCACUGCGGCGAGUGGACUUGCUGCUUCUGCGAGUCUUGCCCUCGCCCUCCUUGCGCUGCGUGUACGGAGUGCGACCGGGAACGCCUCCUGUGCCACAGCUGCCUGGACAGGGGCCUGGUCUAUACGGAGGUGGCGCGCCAGGCUGAGGACGACGUGCUGGAGAUCUCGGGCUACCACGAUGAGGAGGGCCGCUUUGUCACCCUCGACCCGCCGGUCAGGAUGGCAACAACAUCCAUCCCACGGCAAUCGGACGGGUCCUUCAACGCCGACGAGCUCAUGUACAUGUGGUCCUCAUCUCAGGAUUGCUACAGGGAGCUCGAGCAGAAGACUGGCCGGGCACUUCAAGGGCAUGAAGCUAUGGCCAUUGCAGUGGCCUGGACCAAUGCGAGGCGGGCCAGCCUGAAGCAGAUUGAGGCCCUUGGCGUGGAGGUGGCUCAGGUCCGGAACUCGAGUGUGGGCGUCCCCACUCGCAGGGCCGAGACUCCAGUGCCGAGCCAGCCAAGUGAGGCAUCUGCCAAGGUGCGGCGCCUGGUCCCUUCAGGGGUCCCAGCGGAGCGAGCUCCUAUCUUGGUGGCCGCAGCAGCUUCGGAUGCCCACGCCAAGGAGGAUGCCACCAAGCUGUCGAAGCUGGACCAGCUCUUCCACCUCGUCCUUGACAAUGUCCUGAACUUGGAGGAGCUGGGCGUUACUGCAGCCCAGCUGCAAGACCCCAUGGAGGUGCAGCGCCUCAAAGAUACUACUAUGGCGGGUGCUUCAAGGUUGUCCUCUCAGAGGCUGGGAGCUUUAGCUUCGGCGCUACGGCGUUGGCUUCGUUUUUGUGCCGCCCGUGAUGUCAACCAUCGACAGCCGACCCCCUUGCUCUUGGCUGAUUUCCUCCGGGAGGUAUCAGCUGGGGGCCCCACGGCGGCGGCCAGCAUGCAUGCCAGCCUGAAGUGGUAUGCAGCCACCUUUGGUGCCCAGUUCCCGAUGGACCAUUGGGCCACCAAGCACUUCCGCUUCCAUGCGGUGCACCACACAGGCCGCCAAGCACCAGAGCUUGAACCUUGGGAGUUCGUGAGCCUCCUCCUGCUGAUGAAGAAGUCUCAGGGGACGCACAGGGUGCUGGUGGCCCAGAUGUUGAUGGCCGCAUUGGGGUGCAUUCGAUUUGAGCACCUCCAACGGUCCAAGUUUGUCACAACCCAUGGACCCAGUUUGGAGUUCCAGUGCGCCCAAGGGAAAGCCAGAAAGAAGGGCGCCAGACCUGGCUAUGCAUGGGGCCUUCCGCACGCCACUCUGGAUGGUCAAGGAGUCACACAGACCCUCUUGGACUUCUACGCCAACGAGUACCCGCAGUCGAGUGGCUUCUUGCUCCCCGCGGUGUCCCUGAACCCCGAGGAGUUCUGGGAAGUCACGGAACACACCGGGCUCAUAGUGAACAAGCCCAUGUCACGAAGCCGCUUCCUCGAGCUCCUGCGGGGCGCCCUCUACCAGAUCGGGGUCGAGUUCACCAAUGCACAGGCAGCGGGAUUUAACCGGCUUCGUCGAUUCAUCCCGACGAUUGCGAACAUCCUCGAACUGCCGGACCUUGACCUGCAAGCAGUGGGGAACUGGACGGAGAUCCCAGCUGGAGGUGGCCGGGACCCCUCAGCUGGGAAACCCCGGGCCCUGAUGUCCAUGGGGGUCCACUAUGCCGGAUCCAAGCUCCUACGAUCCUUACAGGUCAAGCAGCGCUGCGUGAACCGCUUCAUGAACCUGUUCCACAAGAAGCGCAGGGAGCUCGCGCUGACAGAGGACGGCAUGCUUUGCAGGGAUGCCUGGCUGUGGCCCGAGUUUGCAGCAGCGCACAAGCUGAUCCCAGAGGAUCUGAGCGCCUUCGAAGCAGAGGCCAAAGAGGCCAUUGAAGUGGCUCCUGGAGCCCUGCCGGUGGAGGAGGAAGUCCCGGCCGGGUCCGGACUUCCUUCGGCGGAGCAUUCCUCCGACUCUUCCGAAGACCUAUCGAGCUCUGCCUCCGAUGUCACGGCCGAAGGAGACGACCUUUGUGGGGUUCCAGCUGAUGAAGAUGCGGCUGAUGACAUCCCAUGGUUCGUCCAGGGCAGGAGCACCAAAGCCGUGGCCGCGGCUGUGCUGGGACGAGCAGGGCUGCCUUUUGUGAGCGGUGCCUUAGCCGUAUGCCCCGAGGAUGACCGAGGUUUGGCUACUUGCUUUCGCGGUGCCAACCUCGAGCAAAGCUGGAUCGACAACUACACCAAGUUCCACCAGAUCUCUACGCUGGACGUGUCAGCUUUGAAAGGGAACAGAAUAGCCCUGGCUCGCUUCAAGAGUGCCUAUGAGGCUGGCCAUCAGGCCCUGAAACACGCUGCUCAAGCAGCACCCAAGUCAGAAGACUUGGACGAGGCGCUCCCUGACACGACCAUCCAGCAGAUGAACGUCGACUGGACCAAGAGGUACAACUUGUCCUUCGACUCUGUCCUGGAACCCUCGGAACAGCUGCGUUCCCGGGUCUACAGGGAGUUCAGGAAACAAUCCAUGACGGUGGUGGACAUGAAGAAGGUGAAGUCCGUCUUGACCGUCUCACAGCCUCGCUCCAGUGACUCGAUUGCCCUCCCCGGAGGACUCCAGCUGCAGCUCGAGAAGGAGGUCUCCGUGAGCCUCCGCAGCGUCACGGAGUACUACUUCGCCCUGCGGGUACUAGCCCACGCUUGGGCUUGGGCAGGAAACUUCCUGGUCUCCCCAUCGGCUCAGGGUGACAAGGUCCUCUUCAUGGAUUUGUCCAGUGCCUUGCACUACUGUGACCGGGCCCUCAAGGACACCAUGGAGUACGGGCACGGAAGCCUUUUGUGGUUGCAACGCAACGACCUCCUUACCCGGGGCAAGAUGGCGACUUAUAUUCGCCGUGGCCAACCUGGCCAGUGGGCCUUGGACAAUGCCCUCCGUGACACCCAUUUGGAGUGGCGAUCCCCGGCUAUUCAGCCCUUGGUGGAGACCAUCGAGACCGGUGCCAGCAAGCGUGCCGCUGAGCCGGAACCUCCUGCCGAGCGGAAGAGGCAGAUCAAGGGCGACUCCUUCAAGACCGUCAGCCAGAUCAAAGGAGGCCAGAAGAUCUGCAAGCCUUGGAAUGAUGGACGUGGUUGCAAAGAGGCCAAAUGUACCAGCCUCCAUUGCUGCGAUGUUCGGCUUGAAGAAGGUACCUGCCCCAUCGCGGCGGGUCGCCCUACCUCAGGCCCCUCAGCCUGUGCCUGGCCCACAGGUACAUGGUUGGUGCUGGACCUCUGGGCGGGCUUCUCCGGCUUGUGCAUCGCCCUCCUCCAAAUGGGGCUGCAUUUUUAUGGAGUGGCGGCGGAGUGCGAUGAGAUCGCUUGCUAUGUGGCCAGCACCAACAUGCCCAACCUGGUCCACGUGCCGCGGGUUGAACACCUGGCCGCUGCUCAGUUCGUCCCUUUGUUGAGGCGGAGGGCUUUCCGUGGUGUCAUCAUGGGCGGUGGCAGCCCUUGCCAGGGUAACUCCUCCCUGAACAUGAGCCGCCGAGGGCUGGCCGACCCCCGUAGCCAGCAGCCGCUGGAGUUGCAGAGACUCCGCCAUGAGUUUUCUAUGCUCCCUGAGAUGCAAGGCGUGGAGUUGAUUGUCUUCUUGGAGAAUGUGGGCAGUAUGCCGCAACCAGUGCGCGACAGCUACAACGAAUGGCUUCAAGCGGAGCCCAUCAUGAUUGAUGCAGCUGCCUGUGGAUGGGUACGCCGCCAUCGCCUUUAUUGGUUGGCAGGCCGUGCUGGUGCAGCAACGCCAUCACUGACUGCCCCCCCCGGUUGGGACUGGGUGCCCGCCGAGGGGAGCGUCCCUGAGUUGCGAUACAGUGGCGACAAACCUCUGCCUAACAAGUGCUUCUUUGGCCAUGGGUUCCAGCCGAUGCUGAACGCCAAAGAGGUGGUAUCUCAAGGAGGUCGUGGUGCCAUGCAUCCAUUCACCCGAGAGUUUUACCACCCGGCCGAUCGUACCGCCAGCUCAUCUGCUGCGGCUGUGGAGCGGUUCAUGGAGGACAACCGGCGCUUCCCUCCGUCGGCCUACGAAGAAGCCUCCCUGGUCUGGCGAGAUGCGGAAUGGCGACAGCCGACCCCACAUGAACGAGCGCAACUCAUGGGAUUGCCUCCAGAAAGCUUUGAUUGUGUGCCGGGUGAACCAGCUUUGCGGCGCCAACGCCAGAACAGCUUGAUCGGCAAUGGGUUCCACCUGUUCUCCGUCAUGGCUGUGUUUUGCCUGCUGCCCCAUCUCUUGGAAGCCAAGAUCCAACAUCCCAUGGUGGACGUGGAAGAGAUUGGCCUCAAGUCCAGACUCCUCCACACGGUCUGGGAGCCCGGCAGGUUGGACCAUUUCCCGGGGUUGUCCGACUCUCCACACAUUACGGGCCAACUGGCAGCGCUCUUCCCGGACUGCGUCUUUACACCGCAGCUGAUGGCUGAUGUCCAGAGACGACUGGCCCACUGUGAUCUUCAUGUUCUCCAAAGCUACGUGGCCUGGUGCCGCCUUCGAGGUAUGCCUACGGAUGACCUUGGACCACAGCCGUUGGGGCGCCACGAACGAGCACGGAUCUAUAGUGGACUUUCAGGCCAACGCCACCCCACUGAUUCUGCCCGUGGCUUGGAUCACUUGUUGCCGCCGGGUCUGGGGAAACUGGGGCACAUGACCGCAUCCUCACGGCUUCCUUCACCUUUCCAAGCCACCGAGUGGCCUGAGCAUGAUGUGGUCUUCACCAUCGAGGCCAUAUGUGUGUGCCGCCAAUUUCUGCCGGCAUUCUCGGCCAAGCUGCGCCGUACCCUCCGAUCGGUAGCCCAAGCGGUUCAACCGCUGGAAGAUGCCUUGGAUUCCUGGCGUGUGGAGAGUGCUCACCGGGUGGCCUCUACCAAACGUCCAGGCUUUGUGGCCGUGAUGACUAUCUUGUUAAGAUGGCCAGACCGCCUGCAAGCUCAAUGCCUUGUUCGCGGCUACCCCAUUGUGGGACAGAUCUCCCAGAUCGGGAUCUUCCGGCCCGUGGCUCCUCGGGAAGUUGACCCGCUAGCCAAAUGGCUGGAGCACGCUGAUGAGGUCGUCGAAGCUUUGGUUCAUUCCAAGCCACCCCGACACGCUGAUGAUAUCCUUGAACAGACGCUUGCGGAACAAGCCAAGGGCUUCUGCUCCCCGCUGCUGUCGCGCUCAGCUGUGGAUGCCCUUUUUGGCCGGGGCCAAUGGCGACCGCUGGAGCGGUUCCAAAUCGUGCAAGCCGACAACAAGCGGCGCAUGAUCGACAACGCCCGCCGCACCCAGCAUAACAGCCACACCUCAAUGUCUGAGACGAUUUUCACUGUCAGCAUUGACUUUGUUGCUGCGGUUGCUGCCUCUAUUGCUCGGCGCGUUGGUUCUGAUCAGGCAGCUUGUGGCGCUGAGAUCCCUUGGCUGCGCCUUCGCAUCGGGACCGAUGAUCUCCCUGAUGCAUACAGAGGCCUUCCAGUUCUUCCUGAACAUCAGCGUUUCUCUGUGGUGGCGAUCUUCGUGCCCAACACCGGCUGGCGAUUCACAUUGCUCUGGGGACUAGCAUUUGGCCUUGAAAGUGCAGUUGUGGCCUUCAACCGCUUCCCCCAGCUGGGUAUUGCCAUCUCUAGGCGUUGUACCCUGGCCCUCACUGCUGCUUACUUUGACGAUGAGCUCGCAGUUGAGGCCAUUGCUGAUGCCGACGUGUCCCAAGCUGGCCUACGCCUGACCUUCAAAUUGAUGGGAGCUCCUCCACAACCUGCGAAGGGGUUUGUUCCCGCUGCCAAUCGGCAUUACCUUGGCACGUCCCUCCAUACGGGUGACUUCCUGUCUCUUGGGUUUGUCCGGGUACAACCCAAGUAUUCUACUUUGGCCAAAGUCGAUGCCAAAUUGGAGUCCAUCCUCACCGAGGGCACCCUUAACCGCGAUGAUGCUGGCAAGCUCCGAGGCGACAUCAAUUGGCUUUUCACAAUGUGCAUGGGCCACCUUGGCAAGAUUGCCGGACCGGCUUUGACCCACCAUCAACAUAAUGACGUCACCUCCUUGACGCCGGUGGAACGCCUUCAGCUCCAGGCUCUACAUGUUGCAGUUCGUGAUUUUCGACCCCGAGACAUCCCUGUCCUCCAGGAUUCAGAGCCGUUGAUCCGCAUUUAUUCGGAUGCUUCCUUCGAAUCUGACGUGCUACGUCUCGGCUGGGUCAUCUUUCCCAGCCAUGGCCGGCCUUUGGGUGGUACGACGGUCGUCCCCCACUCGGUCAUCCAAACGUGGCAGCAACGUCAACAGCAGAUCUAUCCUGGAGAGACUCUUGCCGCUGUCAUCGUCCCUAUCCUAGAAGCAGCAUCCUUGAUCUCCAAGUCCGUCAUUUGGUUCAUUGAUAAUGAGGCCGCUGCUGCCGCGUUGAUCCGGGCUUCCACAUCCGAACCGGAUGUUUUGACCCUGGUGCAACAAGCGCACCUUCAGUUUUCCCGUUUGCAGACUAGGAUUUGGUUUGAAUGGAUAGACACCGAGUCUAAUCCAGCUGACGGCCUUAGCCGUGACGGCACCAAUGACGAGUGGACUUUGUCCCAGCAUUGGUUGAUCCGUGAGUUCCCGGAGACGGUGGCGCGCCUGACGGACCUCUUGAAGGAGAAUGACCAUCCAGUGGUGGGUCUCACAGGUGACACCUGGCAAGGCGACCGGAACAGGAUCGUCAUGGAUUUUGCAGAUCCAAACAAGACGGACAAGCUGAUCCUGGUGACUACCGACAUGCUAGGCCGUGGAAUCGAUUUCACAACCUGCAGGUGCGUGAUCCUCUACGAGUUUCCACACCACAGGAACGGAGUCCGCGAAUAUGUGCACCGAAUCGGUCGAACGGGGCGAGCCGGAAGGGAGGGAUUUGCCGUGACGUUGUUGGAUGAGCACGAGGGCGACUUCCGACAUUGCAAGGAUAUCACGCAGGUCUUGGAGGCCUCGGAGCAGGAGACCCCCAGAUGGAUGGUAGAGGAAAGCUACAGUCACAAGAAACAUCUCCAAACCUACUGGCGACGACAGGACCAGCUGAGGCGCGAGCGAGGACCAGAAGACCGCGAAGAUCCGGCUGAGACGGCUAAUGGAGCAGAGGAGGAUCUUCCGGCCAUGAAGGUGUUGAAGACAGAGCAGGGCGGCGAGGCAUAUGGAAACGCUCACAAGGAAGGCAAAGUUCCCUGUUCGCCAUACUAUUGCCUGGAACGACUGCUGGAAGAACUCGGUGCUUCGCAGCAGAAAAAAUUGGAGCAGAUCCUCAAGGAUGGAGAAAAGGGCCAGAUAGCCCUUUUGAGUGGCAUGGGUGAAUUUGCCCAGCUGGACAAAUUCCUGACACAGGAGGGCAGCAGCAGCAGCAGCAAGAGCAGCCUUUUACCUACGCCGGUCAGCCCUGCAUGGUACGAUCCAGAGAGCAAGAGUUGGUACAGUCAAGAAGAUUUUAGUGGGCUUUCGAAGAAGGAAAAGGAGAGCUUGUUCUCGUGCGUCAUGUAUUGUCAGUAUGCCCCCACUGGCCGUGCUCGAUGUCGCCGCUGUGGUGAAGACAUUCAGAAAGGUGAGCUGCGCUUGGGAUAUCCUUACCGUUGGAGGCAAGCCGAUGAUUGCUACACGCUGUAUCUCCACCCUGAGUGCUACGAAUCUUCCGUCUUCGGCAUCAAGGAAAAAGAUCUGCGCAAGAAAAUCUAUGGAUAUGAAGCGUUGAACAACACUGAGCGAGCUCGCCUCUGGAAGGAGAUGCGCAGCGAAGGGCGCAUGGCAAAGGCAAACAAAGAAGGUGCCAACGCCACGGCGGAGUACUCCAGUGGCUCAGUAGGUGUCGACACCAAGAGUCUUCCUGAAGUGCCGGUGCCCAAGGACAUGGCAGUUCCUAUGCUACCAUUCCAGAAAGAAGGUCUGGCUUGGAUGUGUCAGCAGGAGGAGAGUAGUGUGAGGGGUGGCAUUUUGGCGGAUGAGAUGGGCAUGGGAAAGACCAUCCAGGCCAUCAGCCUGCUAUUGGCUCGACCUGUCAAGGGACCAGCCCUGGUGGUGUGUCCCAUGGCAGCGGUGAACCAAUGGAUGAAAGAAAUUGAGAAGUUCACCAAGAAAGGCACUCUCAAGACUUUGGUCUACCAUGGCAGUGAGAAGGGACGAGUGGCAACGCAGUUCAAGAAGUGUCGCUUGGACGGCAGCGAUCCAUUGGUUCCAGAUGGUUUCGGCAGGUCGGACUACCGACGCGAGGCGCACAAGCACCGAGUCAAGUGUAAGUACUGCGGAAAACUGUUCAUGCCAGAGAAACUCACCUUCCACCAGCGCUACUUCUGCGGCCCGAAUGCGGAGAAGACCAAAAAACAGCAGAAGACCGCAGCCAAAAAGGCCAUGCAAUCCAUGGGCAUUGGCAAUUCAAAAGCUUCAUCUUCCACUGAUGCGCCACCCACCAUCACCAACAUCUACCGUGACUUCAUGAAGCAAGCUGGUGUGACUGUCAAGUCCAAGGGCUACUGGAAUGUCAUGAAGGAAACCCAGGAGAGGUUGAAGGCUCGAUGUGCCGAUGUCGGGGUGGACCCAGUAGAAUGGCCACAGGGUGGAGAUGAUGUGCUCAGCCGGGAGCGUCUGGCACUGUUGGACCGCAAGGAGUUGGUUGAGCUCUGUGACAAGAAAGGUUUGGAUUCCACGGGCCGCAAGCCCGAGCUGGUGGAUCGGCUCAUGGAUUUCGCCGUGCGCGGCACGACUAGCAAAGCAGAGGAGCCGGUGAAGAAGGUAUCCCUCGCCAUGAAGCUUCUGACAUCUGCCAAGGCCAAGGCCAAGGCUAAAGCUGCAAGCGCGAACAAGACCGUGGGCAAAAGUUCCAAGAUGAAAACUGCAGAGCCUGGCAAAGCGGGCAAGCGAAUGUAUCAAGGCGUUUCUCCCUUGAAAUCCUCUGGCAAGUGGCAAGCCAGCUAUCAGGGCAAAUAUUUGGGCUCCUUCGACACAGCACCUCUGUCGCAAGUGGAUGGCAAUUUGAUGCAAUUUGGCAAUGAGGAGCUGAAAGCUGCAAAAGCUGUCAGAGAUGCCGCCGAAGCAGCCGAGAGCAAGGGCAAAGGAAAGAAGGCUGCCGCCAGCGCGGCCUCCGGCAUGGCGCGCACGGUAGCGAGCCGCGGAGCUGAAGCGAGCGGCUCGUCCUCGCGAGGCAAGCGCAAGCGAGAAGAGAUGGAAGAGGGAGGGGCUCUGGUGCUUGAGGCACGAGGCAGGUUGGGUGGACGUGCAAAUUCCAUCCAGCUGGAGGGCAACGGUUUGUCUCCAGAGGUGGUUGAGGAGGGAUGCAACUAUCUCCAUGGCUGCAACAUGCAGCACCCCUUGUUCCUCCUCGCAGCUCGUUUGGGGAUCCCAAGCGCGAUAGCUGCUGGCGAUUUUGGCUGCCAAUAUGGCGGCUGGGAAUCUGUGGAAGUGGCAGAAUGGCACGACUGCACCACUGGAGAGGAGAUUCCUAUGGAGGAAAUUCUGGAUGCGACGCUUCUGUUGCAGCAAGUCACCUACGGCAUGGCUGUCCUGGCACGGGAGGCUGACCGAGCCAAUCCCACAGCUGAGGUGCUUUUUGAGCAUGCCCUGCAAGACGUCUUGCAGAGACGAAUGGCAGCCAAACGGCGCAAGUCGGCCACUUUGACGUCAAGGGAAAGGGAACUACUCUACAAAAUUCGAGGUCGCCAUUUUGGGUAUGUGGCUCCAUGCUCGCGCAUGCCACCGACCAUGAUGGUGAUGCACAACUCACCAAGGCGCGCCACCCAAGUAUUUCAGGAUGGGCACUGGCCACACAGUGAGGAGGGUCUCAAGGAGGGCAUGUUACGCUUGUGGCAAAGGAAAUUCGAAGUCAUUCAAAGCCUUCCAGUGGGUGCCCACGCUGCUGUGGUUCAAGAGCCUGAAGAUGACAUGGAAGAUCGUUUGUUGCUGGGUGGAGGUUUCCGGACCUUCAUCGAUUGCCUGGCAGAACAUGUAGAGAUACAUCUAAAUGAUCCAGUCAAGCAGGUGGUGCAAGAUGACAGUUUCGUCAAGAUGACCUUGCUGUCGGGCAACUCCUUCUGUGCCCGCUUUGGCAUAGUGACAGUGCCUUCGGGAGUUUUAGCAGAGCUUCAUCCUGAGAGUCAGAUCAAAUUUCAGCCACCUUUACCUUUGGAGAAACUCAUGGCCAUUAAAAGGCUUUCAAUUCCUCAGUGCGGUGCUUGCACCCAUGAGAAGGUCCUUUUACGAUGGACAGCCAUGGAUCCCUUCGUUUGCAAGAAGUUGAAUCCACAGGGGGCAGCUCUCCAGUUCGAAACAACUGAUGCUCGAUUUCACUUCCUGAACCUUCACAAAUAUGGUCGUAGUGGUCAGCUUCUUUGUCACAUUUGGGGCGAUGCCCAGUGGGAAGCACAUCAACACUUGAAGGACGAAGAAGUGGUUCUUGAGGUGGUGAAAGGGCUACGUGCCAUGUUUGCCACAGACCAGGACUUGAUCUCUUUUCCGCCACUUUGGAAGGUCACACGUUGGUCCUUGGAUCCCUUUGCACUGGGAGCCUACACUGAGUUCCAAGAUGUCCUGGCCUCUGAAGAGGACCGAGACAUCUACAUGCGCAGCGAGGGCCGUUUGCUUUUUGCUGGAGAAGGUGCUAUCCCUGGAGAUGAUGGGGCGCAAUGUACCCAUGGAGCAGUUCUGUCAGGUGCCAGUGCGGCUAUGACGGUGCUGGGCAGAGAUAUGGGCGUGACAGAUCAAGAACCUGAGCAUUUGGCGGAUCUGCGGGGCGAUGGGCCCUUGGGUUUCAAUGUCGCAGCUCUGGUGGAGGAGACCUUCGAAGGGGCCCAACUGGAUCUCACCGACUCGCCUUUGCACACCAUUCAGUGGGCGCGGGUGAUUUUGGAUGAGGCAGAUGAGUUGCGGCACGUUGCGGCCGCACGGAAGCCACGCGCGCAUCGCAUCAAGGGCCGAACCAAUAGCACUGCACUGGCAGCUUAUGCUCUGCAGACGCAAAAGGGCUACAAGUGGUGCUUGACUGGAACACCUUUGCAGAAUCGCGUGGGUGAGCUGUAUUCUUUGAUCCGCUUCCUCCGCGUUCGACCAUAUGCAUUCUACUAUUGCAAAAAGCAGGGAUGCAAGUGCGAAUGCGCCUGCUUCAUGCGUGAUCGCUACUGUCCCAACUGUGGCCACGUGCGAUUUAUGCACUACUCAAGCUUCAAGAAGGAUGUGUCCAAUCCCAUCAUCAAAUAUGGAUAUAUGGGUGCUGGCAAGGUUGGCUUCCAGAAGCUUCGCCAAGACAUUCUGCAAAAGUGCAUGUUGCGACGCACCAAAGAAGAGCGCAAGGCAGAUCUGCAGCUGCCACCGAUCAAGGUGUGCAUCAGAAAGGACAAGCUCUCCAAGCAGGUCUUGCGCCUCUUGGCAGCAAUCGGGAGCCUGUCAAUUGCAUUUCAGGCCUUACGCCAUACUGUGCUACGCUAUCGCACCGGAAAAUGGCCGUUGCUUGAACCGACUGCAUUCGGUUUCUUCAGUGGCACCGGCAAGAUGUCCGAGGAGAAAGACCAAAAUGGCGGAGCUUGGAGCAAGGUUCCGACGUGGGACGGGUCACCUCAGACCUGGCGAAGUUUCCAGAGAGAGAUGAUGUGGUGGCAGUCCGCUUUGGACCUUGAAUCAACGAAGAAGUACAACCUGGCUGCAAGAUGGCUUUUACGCCAGAGCGGUGUGGUGAGACAGAGAGGAGAAGAGUUCACCCCUGACGAGCUGGCUUACCAGAAAGAAGUCAGGGGACCAGACCCAGUAGAUGGACAAGGUGAGAUUGUGAUAACUCCUGAAGACCCGCUGUCAGGUGUGAAAAAGCUGAUGAAAGCUCUAGAGGGCAUCAAUGGACGCACGACCUUGGACAAGCGUGGAGAACUGCGCAACCUUUUCUACAUUGACUUGAAGCGUCGUGGAGGUGAAAGGAUUUCAGAGUUCAGCACACGUUUUAGGACUAUGCUGGCAGAUUUGCGUGCCGAAGGUGUCACGCUGCCCCCUGGUGAGAUUGGAUGGUUUUACAAGCAAAAGCUUGGCCUUGACUCUCUCAGGUUGCAGUUGUUGGAAACGGCAUUGGCCGGAGCUGAGGGCUAUGAGGAGACGGAGCGUGAGGUGUUAAGGUUAUUCAAAGACCUUCAUUUCCAAGACCCCCUCAUGCGAAAGACUGGAAUGGCUGAUACUGGUCAAAGGUCUCCCUUGCUGAACCGUUUCCUGAAUCAAACUGCAACUGGCAGCAGACCUCCUUCCUAUGCACCUUCUACAGCUAGCUCUGCUCAGAGGACAUUCAGGUCUUCCGCGUCAUCUGCGACGUCCCAAAGAUCUGUGCAACCGUUUCGGAAGUUUGCACCUGGUCAGAAGCAUGUGAUGGUUUCUGAGGCUGAAGACCCUGAGGUUGCUGAUGACCCUCAGGAUGAAGCGGAUGGAGAUGAUGAUGCGGGUGGCCAAGAUCUUGAAGAGGUCUUGAAAUGUGAGGCUGAAGCCCUUGCUGCUGAACUUGACGAUGCUGCUGAGCUGGGGAUAGACCCAGAUACCCUUGCUGAGGUAGAAAACACGGUUGAAACAGCAGCCGAAGCCCUUGUCACUAUGAAAGAAGCUCGUACGAAGCUUGCAGAGGUUCGUCGUGACCGUGGUUACGGCCGUACUGCACUUGCCAAUGGAAAGAGAAAGGACCACCAGUCCAAGAAGCAGAAAAGCAAUUGUUUCGAUUGCGGCUUGGCAGGACACUGGGCAGGAGACGCUGAAUGCAAAAAGCCUGGAAUGAAACUUGGCCGAAAGCCAAAACAAGUCCAGAUAGCAGAAACCAUGAAUACAGAGCACCAGGUGGAUGAAACUGCAGUUGAAGAUGGAGCUCAUGAAAUCUUGACGGUGGCUGUGCGACCUUUGUCUCAUUCCUUGGCUGUGGCUUUGGAGGCGUCUCACAACAAGCCCAAAGAGGUGGACGUGGCUGUCGUUGGCCUCACUGCUGACAAAAGAUUGGUUGGAGCACUCGAUUCAGCUUGCAAUCGCACAUGCACGGGACCAGACUGGCUUCGUGGCUACUUGCAAUGUCUUAGAAGUGCUCCCAGUGAUGUUCAAAAUUUGGUGAAAUCUCAGACUGAGCAUGAAACGUUCAGGUUUGGCAACGGUGGGACGAAGAUCUCGCUGGAACGAUGGCGACUGCCAACCGUCAUCGGGGGCCAAGUCAUUUGUCAUUACCUUCUGCCCUUGGUGCCUUCAAGCUGGCCUGCGGUGGGGGAUCACAGAUGGAGGAAACUAGGUCCAGAUCAAGUCGUUGAGCUGCAGAUGAGUGCAAAGCAGUGGCUGUCUCAAUUUUUUCGUUUGAAAGGUUCACAGGCGCAUGAGGUUUCUCCGCAUGACCACAUGUUGACAGAGAAGAGUUUGCAAGUUGGAAAUUUGGUAUGCACAGUCAUGACGACUGGAACUUCAAUGCGCAUGGCUCAAGCACCAACUAUGCGCUCUCCUUCUUUGAAGUUGGCGCUGACGUCAACAUCCUCUCCUACCAGGAAAUCUUCCAGCCCUUCGAGAUCCUCUGCUCUGACGGUGAAAAGUGAUGGACGCACAGCCAGUGCGAAAGCAAGUGGGAAGAUGGCGCCGAUUCGUUAUGCGCCUCAAGGAAAGGGCUCUCUGGGCCGCAAGGGGCGUUCUUCUGUGGGUUUUGCAAAAGCCUUUCUUGCGCUGGCUGCCCUUGCCGUAUCCAGCCACGGCCUCAGUGGAAAAAUGGAUCACACAAUGCAAGAGCCAAGUGCAGGGCAAGGCGUUCCCCGCAAGGCACUUCCAGAAGGCACUGGCCCAGACCCAAUGUUGGACGGCAUGCUGGAAGGGAUGGCUCUCAAGGGGCUCUCCAAGCGCCUGAAGAAUGCUGCUCAGGCGGAAGCGCUGGAAGCCGCUCAGAAGGCCGGGUCUUCGGCCAAGAGAGAACAAGAGGCCCGAACUUUGAUUGGACCAAAAGGAGGGUUGCCAACCUUGAGAAGAGACCUCCUGAAGCUGGCUGCCUUGCUGCACGUGGAGGUGGACGAAAAGGACACUGUGGACAACAUCAAGACCAAGGUCCGUCCGAUGGUGGAAAUCCUGAAGAGCAAGCCACAGCCUCCUGUGGCAGUCAAAUCAGCAGCCAAGCCGAAAGGGGCCAUUCCCAAAAGUGCAGCUCGAGAUGCGAGCGCCUCAUCAAUGUCUGCAGAAAGCAGGCCUCUGACCCAGAUCACCGACCGCCAAGCAGAGAUGUGGGAUCAGAUGCAAAGAAUGGCGCAAGAACUUCAGCAACUACGAGACAUGGUUCCUACAGGAGCAGUGCCAAUUUCCGUCGACCUGACGGCCAUGGAUGUGAAAUCAGAGCCAAUGGAGAUGGAGCUGACGGAGGAAGAGAUGCGUCAUGCUCAAGAGGCUUGUGCGGAGGAAAGAUUGGCAAGGAAAUAUGGAACCAGCGAUCGUCAACAGCUGGAGAUGGAGGGAAUCGAGAUCAGCCAAGCUCAGAUGAUUGCACAAGCUUGGAAUCGGCAUGAAACAGAGCGUCUCCGCACAUCAUGGGGCCCUCGCAAGAUUCACCAAGCUUUGAUUGCUGAUUUUGAAGAUGAGAUGAAGAGCUUUGUGACUGAUGAGAUCUUUAUCCAACCCUUGAACCUCGCUCAUUCGUCCUAUGCACUUGGCGACUCCAACGAGGUUUUGGAAAAUGCCCAGGUUUCAAAGAAUGUGUUGAUGCCUGAGAAUGCCAAAGCUUCAAAGAAUGUGCAGUUGCCUGAGAAUGCCAAAGUUUCAAAGAAUGUGCUAGUGCCUGACGAUGCAGAGCUCCCAAAGAAUGACCUCAAACCAUUUCUGACGGAAGUGUUCACUACCUCUCAGAACGUGACCAAGGAAGCUGUGCGUCGUGGCCAUCAAGUUGGGGACCCACUCAGCCUUGAUACAGGCUGGAACUUUCUCAUUCCAUCUCAUCGUGAAGCUGCGUUGAAAAAGAUCCGAGAAGAGAAGCCUUACUGUGUGGUGCUGGCUUUUCCAUGUGGACCGUUUAGUCCGUUGCAGCGGUUCAAUCAAACACAUCCUGAACGCCAUGCAGUUCGACUUCAAGAAGGUCGAGUUCUCAUGGACUUUGCAAUUGAGGUUGCUGAACUUCAGAUGCGUGGUGGACGGCAUUGCAUUCUUGAAAACCCCAAGCCCAGCGGCGCUUGGAGUGAACCCGCCAUGCAGAAGUUCCUUGAGGAGUUCGAGAUCUACGUUUCCAAUUUUGAUCAGUGCCGUUUCAACCUGCGCAACAUUGAAGGCUUCCUUCACAAGAAGCCCACUCGCAUUGCAACAUCAAGCUCAAAGGUCAACUUGGAAUUGGAAGGACAUGUUUGCAGGCGCGACCAUUUCCACGCUCCAGUUCUUGGUGGCUCCAAGGUGACUGCCCGUGCGGGCAUCUACCCGAAGCCCUUGGCUCGUGCCUUGGUAAGGGGCCUGGAGAGACAAUUUGAUAGCGAUUUUGCAGUGCGUGAGGUCUUUGCAGUGGAUGGAGCUGAUGAUGAUGCGGAGGAGGAAUUGGCCUUCGAGGGUGCUGGAUUUUUGAAUCCUCAAGGCAAUGAAGAUGGUUCAGAUGUGGAUGAGCCGGACGAGAAGGACGGCAAGACUGUUGCGAUUCCAGCCGGAGUCCGAGCAGCCGUUUUGAGGCUGCACCAGAACACUGGUCAUCGAUCUGGGAAGCGCUUGGCGCGAGCUCUUGCAAUUGCUGGAGCGCCUUCUGAGGCCAUUCUGGCUGCCAAACAACUGAAGUGCGCCGUAUGCCAAGAGCAGAGACCGCCCAGAGCUAGAAGACCUGCGUCCUUGCCUUUGCCGAAAGAUAUGGGUGAUCAGUUGCAUGUUGAUCUCAUUGAGGUUGAGGACGUGAGGGAGACCAGGUUUUACAUGGCACAUGGCACUGAUUUUGCAACGCGUUUUCAACUGGCCGAGGUUUUGCCCGACAAAUCUACCAAGUCUGUGAUCAAGUUUUUGGAUAGAUGGCUGGCUGUUUUUGGCCCACCUAGGGUGAUGGUUGCAGAUCAGGGUCGUGAAUUUGUUAGCUGGGAAAUGGAAGAAUGGGCAAGUGCACAUUCAGUUCUUUUGCAUCACAUUGCAGUGCAAGCUCCCUGGCAAAACGGAGUUGCUGAGAGAAGCGGUGGAAUCCUCAAAACAAUUCUGUCUGCAGUAAUUGCUUCUCAAGGAGUUUGCGGUGCAGAAGAAAUGCAGUCUGCACUUUCCGAAAGUGUUGCUGCCUACAAUGGCGACAUCAACGAGCUUGGAACUUCACCAUACCAGGCGGCUAUUGGGAAACAGCCUAGAAUGAUUGGUGAUGUGCUGGGGGGAAUCCAAACACGUCUUUCAGAACACGGCCUUCUGGAAUCAAAACCUUCUUUGGCUAGACAAUUGGCUAUGAGGGAGGUGGCAAAAGUGGCGAUCACACGCCUACAUUUUUCCAAAGGGCUUCCCAGAGCCGAAUUGGCUAGGUCUCGCAAUCCCACCAUUGAGAAUGUGCCUGAGCCUGGAAGCAUUUGCUACUUUUACAGGCCCCUGCGAUACAACAACAAGACGAACCCCAGCAAGAAAAAGCUCACCUUGAAAAGAUGGCAUGGGCCGGCAUUGUUAGUGGCCUUGGAGGGGACAUCAUCAGCCUUCAUGUCCUACAAGGGGCAACUUACAAAAUGCGCCCUGGAGCACGUGAGAUUGGCAUCUUCAAUGGAACAGAUAGCAGCUGAGAAUUGGCGUGAAGCAAUUGAUGAAGUUGUUGAAGCGGCUCAACACGAUUUGACUUUGCGUGGAGCUGCAUUUGCCAGUGCGCCGCCUGAACCCAACGAUGGACUUCGAACGGGUGAGGUGCCGGAUCAAUCUGUUGUCAAUCCCAGCACUCCUGCCUUCUUGCCUUCCAUUGCUCCCGGAACACCUGGAGUGGUUGCAGCUGAUGCUUCACAUGGAGGAGAUUUGCCUCCUAUACAGCCCCAAGAACUUGCAGGAGCUCUGAUGCAAGCUGCCGCCGUUCCUGUUCCUGAUUCUACUGUGCCCUCAGCAGUUUCUUCAAGGCGAGGCAGCAUUGUCUCAGGGGAUGCGCUGCCUUCAAUUUCACGGAAGAGAGCAUCGAGCUUGCCAGCUUCCACAAGAAGUGUUCUUGAAGGACCGAUUGAAAAGGCUCAGCGACUAGCUGCCCCUGCUGGUGUCAAACGAGCACCUGAAGUGUCUGCCGAAUCCUUACAAGCUGGUGAAGCGGAAACUCCAGUCCCUGUGUCUGAUGGAGGAAAGUUGUUCGACUGCAAUGUGGUCUCCAAGGAAGACGUGCUCGCCAGUCUUGGAGAUCCUCAUGUGCACCCUCUGGUGCACCUGUAUCAUCAAGCUUGUAUCGACAGACAGCAGCCCCUGGAAUGCCGUGUGGAUGACCAUGGAUCCUGGGAUGGACGUUGGCCAUUGCCGUCCAAAGGAGAAUGGCAUCUACAUGAACGUCUUGGAAUGAUGUGGCCUAAGGGCCAAGUUGAACUUCAUGCUGACGAACAUGAGAUAGCUGCUGUUCAGGCUGGGAGACAGGAGUUCUUUUGGAACGCCAUGGAUGAAGCUGCCAAGAAGGCUUUCACAGAAGCUGCCAAAGAUGCUUGGCAGAUCUGGCCUGACAACAAUGCGGUGGACAUUUUGUCCAAAGAUGAAUGCGUUGCCAUCCGACAGCGAUUGGCCAGGAACAACGAGAAGCACAAAAUCUUGACCCCUCGCUACGUGUUCACAGACAAGAACGAGCCUUUGAGAACAACGGCGAAUCCUCUUCCACUACGAGCUCGAGCCAGAAUUGUGGUCCCUGGAUUUAAGGACCUACUGGCCUACACUUUGAGAAAGGAUGCUCCCACAGCAUCGAGAGUGAGCCAACACUUUUUGCUGACUCUCACUGCAAGCUUCAAUGUGAAGAAGAUGGGUAGAAAACGAGCUUGGCGUUUGUUGGCUGCGGAUAUCAAGUCUGCCUUUAUGAAGGGCGAGUUCUUUGACGAAGAUCGAGAGCUUUACAUGGAGAAUGUCCGCAAUCCCAACGAACCACAACUUCCUUUUCCAGAUCUUGUGCGUGUGAAGAAGGGCGUCUUUGGUUUGAGUGAUGCACCACGCAUGUGGUAUCUGAGAUUGAACAAAGCCCUCAUUGCACAAGGUUGGGAGCGCAGUCACAUGGACUUUGCCUGCUGGCUUCUAUGGUCUGAUGACCGAAAGCACCUGCAUGGAAUCAUCCUGUCCCACGUGGAUGACUUGCUGCUUGGUGGUGAUUUAAUUGCGCAGGAGAAGAUGCUUUCUCUGGGCAAGGAAUUGGGCUAUGGAUCAAUUUCUUAUGACAAGUUCACCUACUGCGGCAAGAAGAUUGAGCAAUUGGCAGAUGGUUCAAUCCAAAUCACGAUGAAAGAAUACCAUGAGAAUCUGAAGCCGGUGAGCAUUCCUGCACACCGCCGUGCUCAGCCAGAUUCCCCUUUGAAUGAACCUGAACGCCGUCAAUUGCGAGCAGUACUGGGAUCAUUGCAAUGGUUGGUUGCUCAACUGCGUUUUGACAUGGGAUUUAUGCUCUCUACACUUCAAGGAGAGGCACCUCUGGUCAAGACCUUAAUGAAGGCCAACGUGUUGCUGAAGCAGUUCAAGCAGCAUUCAGACUUUGCCUUGAAUUUCAAUCCGCUUGACCUUGAAGGAAGUGGAAUUUUGGUGGUGACCGAUGCUUCUUUGGGCAACGUGACCAAGCUUGGAGCAGCAGAUGGCACCAUUUCUGAAAAGGUUUACAGUCAGAGUGCAUAUUUUGUUUUGCUGGCAGACCGUGAUUUGCUUUCAGGUAAGGAGGGAUCCUUCACUGUGAUAGAUGCAAGGAGCCAUCGUCUUCCACGAGUCUGCAGAUCCACGUAUUCAGCUGAAUUGCAGGGAACAGAAGAAGCAGCGGAUGUUGGAAUUUUCUGCCGUGGCCUCUAUGCGAAUUUCUUGGGCUACCCGAUGAAUCAGCGUCGAGCACUGGAUGCAAUUUGCGCGAUUCCUUUGGCGCUGGUGACAGAUGCGAAGGAUGUCUAUGACAAGGGAACUUCAGACACACCGACAUAUGGUGCCCAGAAGUCUUUGGCUUUCACGGUGGCAUGGCUCAGAGAUGUCUUGAGCCAACCCAACACUAUGCUCCGUUGGACUGCGACGGAAAACAUGUUCGUGGACUGUGGAACCAAGGACAUGGACAAUGAUCACAUGCACCGCAUCCUGAGGAGUGGCCGAUGGAGCGUGGUCUUCAACCAGGACUUUGUAAAGCAGAAGACGGGCAAGCGAUCUUCAAGUGGCGCUGCUGCGAAUUCUGAAGCUGCGCAUGUGAGCCUGAGCGGGGAAUUUCUUGGUGAAAAGUCACCCAUUUUUCCAUACCUUGCUCAGCUCAGCAGUAGCCCUGGCUGGCACCAUAGGGAUGGAGUAGUGAUCAAUGUGGCCAAACAGGCCAAGUCUUUUAGGACACCGACUGCACGUUUUGACCCCAAGGAGUUUUGCCUAAGAACAACCUAUGGCCGAUUUGACAGCGCUGACGGCCGAUCUGAAUGGCGAAUCCUUGGUGAAGCAGAGAAGUAUGGGGAAGCACAGAACCCUCAUGCCCUGCUUGGUAGGCACAACUAUGCGCACAUCUUCGACUUGCUGACUUCCUUGAGACGAGCCGGUGAUCACCCCUACCUCAUUGUCUAUGGAGGUGGACAGGCCACCCACCGCCUGCCGCAAGGCAAGACCUUGUUGGCCGAGAAUGCCGGGAACGUGUGCGGACUCUGCCAGGAUGAUGUCAACGAAGGUGGUGAGGAAGUCAAGCGUCAGGCCAAAUGUGGACAUGUGUUCCAUGAUGAAUGCAUCCGUGCCUACAUCGCUGAUGCGCCGACCUUGAAGUCUGGUGGCGUUGGCUGUCCAGUUUGCUUCACCAAGCUGCACAUUGACUUGGAGGAUGGCGAUGAGAACAGUGGUGAUGAGAAGGAGACGCCCAAGCGAAAAAGCCAAAAAGCUCCUGCUGCUUCGACCCCAGCGAAGACUGCCAGGACAAGUGCAAAGGCUGCUCCAAAGGCCAAAGCAAAGAGUGAAGCCAAGCCCGCUAUGUUGGCAUUGCCAGUUUGGUACCAAGAAAUGGGCUGA